CUUAAAUUUAGGAAUUAAUGAAAAGCUAAACAAAAUGAGCGGUUCUGAGGAGUCUAUGAUUGUGUCUCUGUUCAUGAGUGAGCAGGGCGAACUGCGUCGCAAAAGAGAAAGGGAAGAAGUAGACAAAGUUUUGAAAGCCAUAUUUGCAGAUUCCAGCUCUUCCUCUGAAGACUCGGAUAGUGAAAACGAGGAACACAAGGAGUGCUCCAAUUAUGAAACUACUCUCGAUUUAAUGAGCGAUAUCGAUUUUAAAUCACAUAUGAGGGUGGAACGUAAAACAGUGGAGUAUUUGAUAAGGAGGUACUCGGAAUCUAGCUUCGUUCCUAGCACAUCUGGCGGUGGCAGACUGCGUAUUACAUUCAAAAAAUCGGUUUAUAUGUAUAUUUGGUAUGUAAUCAACACAGUAACAUUUAGGCAGCUGGCAAAUUUAUUUGGGGUGGCCUUAUCAGCGGCAUGGUUAAACGUGCAGCGAGUUACGGACUUUUUAAUUUCCAUCAGCCAAGAUCAUAUCAAAUGGCCAGAAGGCGUUUAUUUGAAAGAAAAUAUUGAAAAAUUCCUACAAAAGGGACGCAUUCCCCGCGUGAUUGGCGUUAUCGAUUGCACUCACAUUGUCAUUAAAAGCCCAAAGGAACAUGACGAAAUUUACUUAGAUCGGAAAGGAAUAUGUAGUAUACGCAUUCAGGCUGUAGUGGAUGCCAAUAAAAAGUUCAUUGAUGUAACUUGUGGUAAACCAGGAUCUUUCAAUCAUUACAGAAUUUUACAGAAUUCUAAACUCUUCCAAGAUGCAGAGAACCAUUAUAAAGAAAUGUUUUCCAAUUCAUAUUUUAUCCUUGGGAAUUCCGCUUACCCGUCAACGAAAUGGCUAGUACCACCUUUUAAAAAUUACGAAAAUUUAAAUGAAAGCCAACGAAAGUUUAACCAAUUGCAUUCCUCAUCACGAAUGGUAGUUGAACAAGCUUUUGGACUACUAAAAGGACGCUUUCGGAGACUACAGAAGUUUACAGAACAAACAGGCAUGCAAACAAUAACCAACAUCGUGGUCAGUGCAUGUGUAUUGCACAACAUUUGUAUUUCUUUUGACGAUUUUUACGAUGUCAAUGAGGUAAACGAGGCGAAUACAAUCGUUCCUGAAAAAGAUUUUGAAGAUCCUAAUUUAGGUAGAUCACUGGAUAUGCGACAAAAGCUUUACAAUCUUUUAAAACGAGAAAAUAUCAUAUAAGCUAUUUAAAAUAUUUUUUCACUCUAAGUAAGGGGCAUUGGACAGGCGUGUCUAUUUGUGAUAGCAGUAGUACAAAAACAAUAUUUACAAAUAUUUUGAUUUUCCCUUUCGUUUCUAAGUUAAGUUUAGUUUAGGCUAACCAAAAUCAUGUGGUGCUGGUAUGGUAGAUUGGCCUAAAUUAUGUAAAAUUAAGUCUUAUUUAACAGAGGGCUUUGGUAUAAAUAACUUGAGCUAGCCUCGAUUUUUUUGGGU